CAAUGCAUUCUCAAUAAGGAAGUAAAGUGGGGGCAUGCGUGCUUCCACGUUAGCCCUGAGAUUACUGUAGUCUUAGUUGUAUACUCGUCCAGGUACAGUAAGCCGGGUACCCAAUUUGCAGUAUAACGGACUUGUUUACCAAGUAGGGUAGAUUUAUAAUUUGAAAAUGGUAUUGGAUCUUGAGCUUUUUCGUGCCGACAAAGGUGGUAAUCCAGGGAAAAUAAGAGAAAAUCAAGCUAAAAGAUUCAAAGAUGUGACUUUGGUUGACAAAGUAGUGGAACACGACACCAACUGGAGAAAGUUGCGCUACAAGGCAGAUUUACUGAACAAACUCAAGAAUGUUUGCAGUAAGGAGAUAGGAGACAAAAUGAAGAAUAAGCAGCCAGUAGGGGAUGAUGAGACUAUACCAGCUGGUAUCUUAGAAGACCUUGAAAACUUAACUGUGGAAAAGCUGCAGCCCCUGACUGUGACACAGAUUAAAAAAGUUCGUCUAACCAUUGAUAGUCAGAUGAAAGAAAAUGACGCCCAGCUUUUGGUAGAAGAAAAAGAAAGGAACGAGUCUCUGAAAGAAAUUGGCAACCUGUUGCAUGACUCAUGCAUCAUCAGCAAUAAUGAGGAUGACAAUGGUGUGGAGAGAACAUUUGGUGAUAUAGAGACUAAGAAGAAAUACUCCCAUGUAGACUUGGUGGUGAUGAUUGAUGGUGCAGACAAUGAGAGGGGGGCUGUCACGGCAGGGGGCAGAGGCUACUUUCUCAAGGGACCUUUGGUGUUUAUGGAGCAAGCUUUGAUCAACCUAGCCAUGUCCAUGCUACACACUAAAGGCUACACACCACUGUACACACCUUUCUUUAUGCGUAAAGAGGUGAUGCAAGAGGUGGCCCAGCUGUCACAGUUUGAUGAGGAACUGUACAAGGUAGUUGGAAAAGCCUCUGACAAAGAGAAAGAGAGUGAUUUGGAUGAGAAAUACUUGAUCGCCACAUCAGAGCAGCCCAUCGCAUCAUUCCACCGCGACGAAUGGAUCCCAACAGAGUCCCUACCUAUCAAGUAUAUGGGCUACUCCACAUGUUUCAGACAGGAGGCUGGGUCCCACGGACGAGACACUAGGGGGAUCUUCCGUGUCCAUCAGUUUGAAAAAGUUGAACAGUUCUGCAUUACCUCCCCUGAAGAUAACAAGUCAUGGGAGAUGUUUGAGGAGAUGAUUGGCAAUGCUGAAGAGUUCACUAAAGCAUUGGGCAUCCCCUACAGGGUAGUCAACAUUGUCUCAGGAGAGUUGAACAAUGCAGCAGCCAAAAAGUUUGACCUGGAGGCCUGGUUUCCUGGGUCCGCAGCUUUCAGGGAGCUGGUGUCCUGCUCAAACUGUUUGGACUACCAGUCCAGGCGCUUGAGGAUCAGAUAUGGGCAGACCAAGAAAAUGGGGCAAGAGACCAGCUUUGUCCACAUGCUCAACGCCACCAUGUGUGCCACCACUAGGGUUCUCUGUGCUAUAUUAGAGAACUAUCAAACAGAAGACGGAGUUAUAGUUCCUGAAGCUCUCAGGAAGUUUAUGCCCCCUGGCUACAAUGAAAAGAUUCCAUUUGUGAAGCCUGCCCCCAUUGAGGAAGAAGCAAAGAAAAAGAAAGGAAAAAAAGAAAAACAGCCCCCUGCUGAACCACUAGAACAAUAAACUUACCCACCCCUUUCACUCUCAGAUAUUUAUUUGUUGUCAAUAAUUUUACCAGUUACUGUAUACAAGCUUGUAUAAUUGUUUUCUUUUUGAACAAGAUAUUAAUUUUGUUAUCUCAAGUUAUUUGCUGGAUAUAUCACUUUCAUUUAUGGCCUUAACCCCAAAUUUACUUUGCGCGUAGUUGUAAUACAAUAAGACAUCUGUUUUGUUUGAUCAGAGCUACUACCAUAGACAGUAAUCCACACCCUCUUCAUUUGUCCAUUUUUACAAGUCACAUAUUUUUCAUUUGUAAACCUUGAAAUGAAAUGUUUAUUUGUAUUUCUCAUUUACACUACAAGUAUAGAUUUUGAGGUACCAGAAUUGGGUGAUGCUGUAUUUUUGUUGCUGGUUUAAAAAGUUCCAAGGCUUGUUAGUAGAACCAGUGGUUACAUUAACAAAUUAAAGUAAUGGUGAGGAGAGAUUUUAAUCUGCCCUGUGAUGUAGAUGUUAGGUUUAACUGGUAUCACAAAUUUUAACAUUGUGUUAAUUUUGUCCUGUUGUUUUUGUGACAAUGGUAAGAGGUAAUGCUCUUUUAAGGUAAAAUUUUAAUUAGGAUUUAAGUAAUAGCUCAAUUACAUCGCAAUGCAGACAGAUUUUUAUUUCUGACUAGUCUGUUUUGACCAUGAGAAAUUUGGGCUAGUAUUGUCUUGUCAAUCUGUUGCAGUACUUAAAUGAUUACACAUAAAGUGGUUAUGUAUAAGAUUUUUGGGUUGUGUGGUGAUGUGUAUUAACAAAGUGACUGUUUUAAAAUUAAAGAUUAUUCAAUUGA